GCACGCGCGCGCACACACACACACACACACACACAGUGUCCUGCCACCCCUUAGCCCAUCUCCACAUGGCUCUGUAAUGUACACACAUGCUGAGAUGUGUUGGAAGACGGGCUGGCAGUGUGUUACAGCGUUCUACCACCUGGGUCCUGAACCGUCCUGGAGGGGGUGCUGUGUCCGGAUGGUGGUCGGUUCACGUGGGUCUGGUGCCUGGAGAGAGAGAGAAAAACGUUCGCUUUUAUUUUAUGUAUUUGUUUCGUGGUUGAUUGUGGGUAUUUUGUCAGACUGUUUGCAAUAUGGCCUGGUUGAUAAUGUGUGAUGAUGUUGAUAACGUAUACAGUGUAUGUCAUUGGUUAUCGCUAUUCAGGUUAGCUGUGUCGGCAUUAGGGAUUGGUUGCCAAAAGGCCAUCAGACACUAAAAUACAUUUUAAUUUGUGUAGAACACAUAGAGGGGUGGGAUUUAGCACUGUUGUUUGUCAUCUAAGCUGAAAGUUAAUUAUCUGUACAUAACCUUUUGAUGAGGAAGUGUUUUAUUUAAUUUUAUUUAAUUUGUAACUCUGCUUGUGUUUUGAAGAUUGACACAAUGUGCAUCACCGCAAACGAUUUGUCCAGCAUUCCAACCGGACACACUGACUUUGCCUUAGGUCCCAGGGAGUGGUGACCGACCCGGCGGGACGGCCUGAAUCGUUGCAUAGUUACCCUUUCUGAACCUCUUUAAUUUGUGGAUUCAACGCCAAGUUGGCUGAAUUGAGACCAAAUUGGGCCACCUCUGAGCAGGACGGUUCACUACCCAGAUAAAGAUGGCCCUGAUAAGAAGAAAGCCAAAAAGGAGUCUGGUGGAAGUAAAAAGGCUCCGGUCAAUCUCCUGUUUGGCUACCCGCUGUCCGAACGCAAACAGAUGGCCCUUCUGAUGCAGAUGACCGCAAGGGACAACAGCCCAGAGUCGACCCCCAGCCACCCAUCCCAGGCCCCCCCUGUGCAGAAGAAGCCCCCCAGUAGCUCGGCCUCCAAAGCGAGGGACAAGGUGAACAAGAGGAAUGAGCGCGGCGAGACGCCCCUACACAUGGCUGCCAUACGGGGGGACGCCAAGCAGGUCAAGGAACUCAUCAGCCUGGGAGCCGACGUCAACGUCAAAGACUUUGCAGGUUGGACCCCGCUUCACGAGGCCUGUAACCUUGGUUACUACGACGUUGCGAAGGUUCUCAUCGCGGCCGGAGCUGAGGUGAACACGCAGGGCCUGGACGAUGACACGCCCCUUCACGACGCUUCCAGCAGUGGACACAAAGACAUUGUGAAGCUGUUGCUCCGGCACGGCGGUAAUGCGUUCCAGGCCAACAAGCGAGGUGAGCGGCCCGUGGACGUAGCCGAUUCCCAGGAGCUGGAGAUCAUGCUGAAGGGGGAGGUGGCCCUCUCAGACCCCGAGGACAGCUCCUCAGGUAUGGUGUCCGUUAGAGAGUCUGAAGAUCCUCCAUCAGUGAACCCCUCUAGUGUGGAUGUGGAUGAUGACAACAUGGAUGACUCCGAUGUGGAAAAGGACUCCGAUGGCAAACAGAGCACUGUGAAGGCCUCGUCCUCCAUGUCUGGACUGGAUGAGUAUGAGUUCAAAGACGAGGAGGAGGAAGAGGACCUGAGUAAAGCCCUAAACGACCGACACAUCCUCAGGAGAGAGCUGAGGCAGAGGGAGAAGGAGGAGAAGGAGAGGAACCAUUUUGUGGCUUUGCAGAGUGGUAAAGUAGACUGUAGUGGGCCGGUUCAUUCUUCCAAGUCUAAGAAGACCAAGACCUCCUCCCGGGUCCUCUACUGUACCUCAGACAGUUCCAGUGAUGAGAUGGAAAUGCCGUUGGAGAGAAAGAGCUCCCCGACCUGCUCUCACGGCUCAGAGGGAAACAAGUUGGACUCUACCAGGACUAAGAGAGAGAACCUGGGCCUGACUACAACUGAGCAGAAAGACAAGGCUAGUAAAGUCAAGAGGAAGAACAAGAGCCAGAACAAAGAGAACCAGAAGGAAAACAGUAAAGCUCUGGUAUUCUCAGUAGCCACUGUGUCCAUGUCAGACACGGACAAGAACAGUCGAGGACUCUGUGGAGACGAGGACUCCUUCAAGAUGUCCUUCAGUCCCAAGGACGACUCAUCUGUCCACCUCUUCCACCUGUCUGCCACUGUCAAAUCCCCAAAGCUCAACCACGGCCUGGCUGACAAGCUACCGUCCUCCACGCCACUCAAACAGGAGAACGCCAAGAUGACCUGCGUCUCAAUUGCGGAGGGCCCCUGUCCACCAGACGGGGUCAAAUACAACCACUACAACCCGGAGUCCGAGUACUGCACGGAGAGCUCCAGCAGUAAGGGCUGCAAGCACAAGGAGAAAAGCAAGCAUCACCAGAAGGACGUCGCCGUGGACGCCGGCGACGACUGUGGUUCCAGUCCUUACAACAAAGACGGCAAUGUGGCCAAUAGCCUCGAUGGCUCUGAGGGCGUUUUACGGAGGACUGACAAAGACGGCAAGGUGGUCAAGAAGCAUAAGCUGAAGCACAAGGAGAAGGACAAGCACAGGAAGGAGUAUGAGGCCGCGAGGGAGAGGAACCGUCCGCGGCAAAAAGAUGGCGGCAGGAACCUGGAGUUUGACCGGGAGUUCUGGAAGGAGAACUUCUUCCAUGAUGACGAGCCUCUGGCUCCAGGGAAAACGGAGCGGGAGACCGAGAGGGAGGACGGCGGAUCUCCUCAGAAGAUCUCGACGUCGGAUGGGUCUCCUGUGAAGGAAGAGCGAGGGACAAGAGAAAAACACCCCACUAGCAACAGCACCAUGGAGAAGAGGCAGCGAGAGGAGCGCGAGAAGGAGAAAGACAAGGUGUUGAAGAAGGAGAGGAAGGAGACCUCUGCCGUCUGUAAAGAGGAGAGAGGAGUAAAGGAUGGGAAGCUCAGUGAACGUGAGGAGAGGAUUGAGGGCCUCAGUUCCGUAUGGGUUCCAGUUUCUGAGGAGACACUGUAUAACACCACAGGUCUGAAAGAUGAACCGGAAGACAAACCAGUUACUGGGACCACUGUUGACAAAGACCUCCUAGAGGCCUCAGAGAAAAGUCAGCGGGACAAAACGGACCGUAGGCCUUCUUUAAAAGAACGGGAGGUUGAGAAGACGGACAAAAAGCAUCCAGACAAGGAGAGAAGGGUGAAAAUCGAGCAUCCUGAAAGAUCUGAGAAUUCCAUGGAUCGCUGGAAAGAGAAAGAAAAGGUGAGGAUGGCUUCAAGUUCUGCCCAUUCAUCCCCUGCGGAGAAGAAUCAUAGGGAGAGUGAGAAGCUCAGAGCCUUGUCUGUGGCAAAAAAACAUGAGGAAACCAAGGACAAGAAGAGCAAAGAUAAGCUUGACAAGAAGGGUGACCGGGAGAGGCAGGAGUACAUGGACAAAGACAGGACGAGCUCUGAUAAGAAAGGAAAACCUCCUUCAGAGAAAUCUGUGGAUCACAGUAAAUCGGAUCGUUCAAAAGAAAAAGACAAAGAUUGCGAUAAAAAGAAAAAGGAUAAAUCUAAAGACAGCUCCUCCUCAUCUUCCUCCAGCUCUAACCUGAAGCUCCUAUUGGGCUAUGUGACUGAAAGUGGCAAGACCACCUCGGCCAAACUAAAAGAGGACCUCCCUAAGACGCCAGAGAAAGAACGGGAUCGGAGAGACCGAGACUCCAGGGAUUCUGACCGGCAUAAGGACAAAGAGCGUCACAAGAAUGACAAGGACCGUUCCAAGGAGACUAGCAAGGGUAGCAAGACCAAACCCAAUGAUACAGAGAAUGAAAGAGAGAACAGAUCAAAAGCUAAAGCCUCUCCUGCCACCCGGGAAGAGAAGAGGCCCAAAGAAAAACGUCUAGUCAACGACGACCUGAUGCAGACCAGCUUUGAACGCAUGCUGAGCCUAAAGGACCAGGAGAUUGAACAGUGGCAUCGGAAACAUCUAGAGAAAAUCAAACAGAAGGAGAGGGAGAGGAUGAAACAACGGCCCUCAUCUACGACAACUGACCCCGGGAAGCUCAAAAGCAAAGAAAAAGGUAAAAUAAUGUCUUUGUCUUCUGUGGAACCAUGCUUGAGCAAAGAACUGCUUCGAUCCAAGAGCUCUGAAAGUUCCUCUGAUGCUCACAGCCGGGACAAAGACAAAUCACUGAAGGACAGUGCCAGCUCCAGGACCAUGUCCCUGGAUGGAAAGACUCUCUCAACCCUCAGCGGGAAACUGAUGGCUGGGAUGGAGAACAGCUUGAGCAGAUCUCCAAGACCGGAUAGUGAGCGGUCAGGCCUGAUAUCCAGAUCUGUGUCAAUGGUCUCUGUAGCCAGCUCCGAGGACUCUUGUCAAGCUAGCACACUCACACCAAGACCAACAGAGUAUGACUCGGACAUGACUCUGGAAGUCUCCCAGGACUCUCAGCCGCCUUUCCUCCAGUCUUCCCUCCUCUCACAGUGUAGAUCUCCAGCCAGUCACGACAGAGACUACAACAGUCUUCCGGACACGGCAGCACAAGGUAACCGGACCCCGCUGCAGGGCAGACAUGCUUCCCCGUACCUUAGGGCUAUUCUGGACGAGGAUGCAAACUCUGCAACAGCAUCAGAGGGUAAACAUACUGAAGCGUUGUCCAAGGCCAGUGUGUUGCCUGUUACUCAAUCCUGUGAGGAGAAUUCACUUGUUCAGCCUCCUUCAGAAACCUGUGCAGAUCCGGAGGAGGGCCAAAGUCAAAGUGGUCCUAUUCUGAUGCUUCCGAAUCUCACUGUUGCAAGAACAGAUGGCGAUCUCAACACCGUUGAUGCUGAACAGAGCUCGGCUCCAGGCGUUUCUCUCCCAACACAAGUGCACAACAGCAGAGAUCCUAACCUUAAGGACUCUUUAACACCUCAGCCGGCAAGUGGCUCAGAGUCCAGCGAUACACAGCUUGUCACACCAGAACACAUAGAGGCAUCCUCCCACCCAGACCCUCUGUUACUACGGGACGUUCAGUGUAUUCCUGUAGGGAUGUUGAAUGCUGAAACGGAAUCUACCAAGGACCUGUCCUCUGUGGACGUUCCUCUGGUGUCAUUAACCUCUCUCUCCUCUCAACUACUAUUCUCCAACACCAAAACAUCCUCAUCGCUGUCGAAUAACCAGCCAUGGGAAGCUCUUCCAAACACCAUUACGGAAAACGCAAAGCAGACAGAUCCAGCUCUUGACCCUGAAGAUAAAUCUUCAGUUGAGAAUGCAGCGAUCUGUGCUGAAAACCGGGCAGCAGUAGAGAGUCUAGAGAGCGUGUUAGGAGCAUCUAGAACAGAAUGGAUGGAUAACCCAGAAGCCUCAACUAGUGUCCACCCACCACCUAGUUCAGAGGAGUCCUUGCUGACUGCCAGCAAAACCACUGACUCUCAAGAGAACUCGGACGUUGACCUGAGCAGCCAAGAAUACAAGAAGUCCAGGUUCUCCAGUGACAAUUCAGUUUGCAGUGAUCCUCCGUUGGACAAAAGCGAACAUACCAGCCAGACUCCAUCAUCCACUGUCUCGAGCUGCCCCAGCCCUGAUCUCCAUUCAGGGGAAACUGAUGCUCCUGACCGAAACAAGGGCAGAGGUAGUGAGGUGAACAUCCAGGUCUCUCGGUUUUUGUCGUCUUCCACAGAAGGCAGCAGUGUGGCCACAGAUACAAAACCUGAGGUAAAAGCUGAGCCUUGUCACGAGCCAAUGGAAGUGGCUUCUACCUCUGAAGAGAAACCGGGAGGCCCGACCCUCUCUGCAUCCGGAGCAGACCAGAACCCAAACCCGAGUGCGCCAGCAAACCUCCAGCCAUUGGUGUCCCAGGCUGACCAGAGCGGUAGUAGUGGUAGCUACAGCAGCAGUGGAGCCUCCGGGAGCUCCUCUCCCCAGUCUGGAGACCGGGACUCUGACUCGUCCGGGGCCAAGGCUAAGGUCCGCUCCCUGACCAUGGAGGAGGACCAGGAUUACCAACAGACCCACCCCAGGAAGAGAAAGAUGCCCAGGAUUUCCACCUCUAAUCAGGCAGGAGGAAGCACACCACAGGGCAAGGAGAAGCCGCCGCAGUCCCUGGCGGCCAUCGUUGACUCUCUGAAGCUGGAGGAGAUCCAGCCGUACCAGACAGAGAGGGCCAACCCGUACUACGAGUUCCUGCACAUCCGCAAGAAGAUCGAGGAGAGGCGCAAAGUGUUGCUGAGCGUGAUCCCCCAGCCUCCACAGUAUUACGAUGAAUAUGUAACGUUCAACGGCUCCUACCUGCUGGACGGGAACCCGCUCAGCAAGCUCUGCAUUCCAACGAUUACACCCCCUCCGUCUCUUCCUGAACAACUGAAGGAGAUGUUCAAACAGCAGGAGGUGGUCCGUAUGAAGCUACGCUUGCAGCACAGUAUUGAGCGGGAGAAGUUGAUCGUGUCUAACGAGCAGGAGGUGCUGCGAGUCCAUUACCGGGCUGCCAGGACACUAGCCAAUCAGACGCUCCCCUUCAGUGCGUGCACGGUGCUGUUGGACGCUGAGGUGUACAACAUGCCUCCGGAUGCCCAGGCAAGUGGCAUGAUGUCACGUACUGUAGAAUCAGGCGACCAGGAUGGCAAGACGUCCGUGAGGGAUCGUUUCAAUGCCCGGCAGUUCAUGUCAUGGUUGCAGGAUGUGGACGAUAAAUUUGAUAAACUCAAGACGUGUCUUCUCAUGCGCCAGCAGCACGAGGCAGCGGCCCUUAACGCUGUGCAGCGUCUCCAUUGGCAGUUGAAGCUGCAGGAGCUGGACCCAGCCAUGUACAAGUCCACCUCCAUCUUCGAGAUCUCCGAGUUCUACAUCCCGCUGGUGGAGGUCAAUGACGACUUCGACCUUACGCCCAUAUGACCAGUAACCCCUGACCUUUAGGCUGCCCCCGUGGUCAGGUCCAGGCGAUGACGGCCAUCUACUCAUCCGGAGAACGGGAGGGAGGAAAUAAUCAGCGAAGCACUUAAAUAGACGGGCUCGAGCACUUCAGCUGGGUGGUUAGAGCAGCACCACGCUGACCGUGGCACAUCGGUUCUUCUGCGUUGGUGAAAGAAACGGCCCCGUAACCCACUGCACAACAAGGACGGGAUCUCCGGCUCUCCCAACCGACGCAGACCCGCAGACUGCCGGUACUUCUGCCAGUCUGGGGCAACACCAGCAUCCAGGGGCACGACCAGACACCCACCCCAGGGGCCAGAGCCUGAGGCCGGGGUGGGGAUUGGGAAGUACUGGGUGCUGCUUUCGGGAACGGCGGGGGAGAGACGGGGCGUGGACUUUAAAGGCUGUCACAGAUGACACCCUGUAACCCAUGUAGAGCAUUGCUUCUCUGACGUGUUAUGGAUUCGGGGGCCAUUUUAGACAGACUUAAAGGAGAAUCUGUCACCCGGCUCCUUCACUGAGCAGGGUCACAAAACAACUACUUUGGUUUUUAAGUGCGUGUUGUUCAUAAAUAAUGUAUAGACUCUGUGCUCUUAAUUUUUUUUAACUUAUUUUAUACAAAGAUUGUGCAUUUGUAAAUAACCCAUGUAAUUAUGGUUUUAAACCUGUAAAAAAAAAAAUCGGUAAUAGAUAUUUUGAUUGUAAAACGUAACGUUUGCUUUUCUUUUUGUUUUGUUUCUUGUCUGUUUUAAUGGACCAAAGUUGAAGUUGGUUUUAUAUUGAGUCAGUGUCCUCGGUUCCCUGUUGUUGAGGUCGUUGUUGUUGGCUUAAAAUAAGCAUGUUUUGGAUCUGAUUUUGUGGCUGUUCUGUUUUGUUGGUUCUGUCGUUUAUUUCCAUUCCCCCUCCCCUCUCUGGAUUGGAAUUCAAUCCUCACACCACGGCACGGUGUUAAAUUAUUUGACUUGUGAUUUCGAUGCUGUGCAUGCUGGUCCCGUUACAAGGUGGUACCUUUUUUUAUUUCCUGAAACCAGAAGAGGCUGUAAUGUGGUCUAUCGUGAUCGAGCUUUAACUGAAUUGAUUCAGCCCCCCCCCCCACCCCUGCGCCAUCGUCAAUUCUGUCCGUUUGCAAAGAGGUUGGCGUGAGAAAUUGGUCUCUACCCUAUCUGUGUGAUAAGAGCACUGUGAGCCAUAAGCAGGAUCUAAUAAAAAAAUUGUUUGGAACAUGAGAUUACAUUUGGGAACUAGCCAACACUUUCCACAGCCUCGCACCUCCUGUGUUUUGACCGUCCGUUAGUGUUGUUUCUCACCCACAUAAAAAAAAAACGUCAAAAAAAAAUGUUGUGGCUUCAAUAUAAGAAGAAAAAAUGCUUACUUUUACAGUUUCGAUGUGAGAUCCCCACACAAAACCUAUUUUUUCAACAUAAUGCCUUUUGAACGAUAGUUCUAAAAAUGUCUAUUUUAAUAUUUCCUUGUUACAUGACCUGUACAUAUUUGUAAUAUAUAAUUGAAUAAAUUUUAUUGGUUGUGAAUUCAAA